UCGAGUCUAUGAUGGCAAUGCUGACAAAAUGGCGGCAUGCUUAAGAUCCGUAAGGCACCUUUCCUCUAGAGAAUUGUUGGGUUUUCAGAUAGGAGGCAGACUGCCUAUCGUAAGAAUACUUUCAAAUGCUGUGAACGUAGAUCUAGGCAAAAAGUCUGGACGGGAGAAUGUGAAUCUCUUUGAAUGUUAUUUCAAGAGAAGCAUCAAGGAGGAGCAAAAUGUCAUCAAAACUGAAAUAGAAGACUUAACAACUCGAAUGGAAAAGGAAAGAUUGAAAACUAUAUCAAAAUAUACAGAAACCGAAUUGAAGCAAGGAUUAUGGACUGAAAAUUCUAGAAGAGCCGGUCUUGUUGGCAAAAAACUUGGAAUGACUCAAUUAUGGAGAAAAGAUGGCCGUCCUGUUAGAGUUACCCUCGUGCAGGUGAAAGAUAAUCAGGUCCUUGAUUCAAGAAUUGGAGUAGCAGAUGGUGGCAGUAAUCAUCAUACAGAAAUCAUUGUUGGUGGAUACAAUGAAGAAAAUCUUGAUGAGCUUUCAGAGGGAGAUUUUGGUCAAUAUGUUUCACAUAACGUCACACCCAAAAAGAAAUUGAGAGGUUUUCCUGUCACACAAGAUGCAUUAAUGCCAAGUGGUACUCAACUCCAUGCUGCACAUUUUGUCCCUGGACAGUAUGUGAGGGUAGUUGGAAUAAGCAAAAAGCUAGGAUUUCAAGGAGUAAUGAAAAGAUGGGGCAUGAAGGGUCAACCUAGAUCACAUGGACAGACAAAGACCCAUAGAAAAAUGGGUGCAACAGGAGGAGGCGGGACUCCAGGGAGAAUUUUUCCUGGAAAAAAGAUGGCAGGCCACACUGGAGGCAACAAAGUAUCACUGAGAUCUGUCAAGCUCUACCGCAUCAAUACAAAAUUCAAUGUUCUGUUUAUCAGUGGACAGAUACCAGGAGCAGAGGGUGACUUUGUCAAAAUUCAAGAUUCCAUGUCCAAGAAGCAAAAGUUUUCAUCACCUCCUCCAUUUCCAACUUAUAUUCCUGAUCCAGAAAAACCUCUUCCAGAGGACAUUUAUGCAGAAGAAAUUCACCCACUUACAGAUGGCUCUUUCACAUUCAAAGGAGAUGAAGCUUAACCUAAUGAAAAAUUGUGCAUUACAAACCCUCAUCUUUUUGCCUCAAUUUUUAUAAAACUCUCAUUAUGCCUCUUGACUUUUUAGUGUUCAUUUAAGCUGUGAAAAUUAAGUCUACCACAAAAAAGUAUUUGUAUAACAGAAACUUAGCAUUUGUUUCACUUAUUGAUCCUCUAUGAAACUGUUUUCAAACAAUCUACCACUCAACUAUUCAACUCUUCAUAUAUGUGGAUAGUAAAGCCGAUUCGAGAUAAAAUUCUGGGUUUUUACUUAAUUUUUAUUUCGAAUAGAGUAAAUUUUCUAGAUGAAAAUUACUUUUGGUUCCAAAAACUGGUGAAAAUAAAACAUUCUGUUUUCUUUCAAAAUUUUGACAGAAAGUUAUCUUGUCAACAAAAAUGUACACUAGCAAAGCUAAGAAUGUCAGCGUUCCAUGGACUAGGAUUUAUAUGACAAUGGUAGAGAGGGAUUAAUCUGACUCCUGUAAAGCAUGUCUGUAUACUCUUUUGGCAAACACUAAUGGUUUUGCAUGACUUAAGAUCCUUUUCCCUUGAAUCCAUGGAGUUUCUAACACAGAGAAUCGGAAAAAACUGAACAGGCAUGUCAUUGUUAAAUGAGUAGGUUGACAGAAACCCUUACCAAUGGUUUGUAUCAUGCAUUAAAUGCAACUUUUUGGCAACAAGCCCAGAGAAAACUUGACAAUUACCAGGAAAAAU